UAGCGUUUCAGUGUGCCCACCCAAUACACCUCAGGUUUCCUUCCAGCAAUGUCAGCUCAGACUGGAGCAGCACUCCUCCUUGCUCUCGCGGCCAUCGCCAGCAGCAACACUGAAGGCGACAUACUUUACGCGCAAAGGCAGGCGUGGAAUGACCCGAACGGUGUGCUGCAGAGCUGGGAUCCGACCCUUGCCAAUCCCUGCUAUUGGUUUCAUGUCAGCUGCAACAACGAAAACUCCGUCGUCCGAGUGGAUUUGGGGAAUGCGGGCAUCUCAGGCCCCCUCAUUCCUGAACUGGGCCAACUGAAGAGCCUUCGAUACCUGGAGCUGUAUGAGAACAAAAUGAGUGGGCCAAUACCAUCUACCCUGGGAAACCUGAGGAGACUGAUCAGCCUUGAUCUCUACAGCAACCAUCUCACUGGCGCGAUACCGGCAUCGCUUGGGAACAUCGCGUCGCUGCGUUUCCUAAGGAUCCAUCGGAACAAGCUUGCAGGAGGUAUACCGGCGUCGCUGGGUCGUCUGACGAAGAUUGUCAGGUUGGAGCUUCAGGAGAACUUGCUGACCGGCACGGUGCCGCUGGAGGUCCUCUCUCUUGUUCUUGUCGGGGACUUGACUAAGCUAGAUGUUGCCCAAAACAAUCUCACCGGCACUGUCAGAUCAUCUAAACAAAGAGUGGCGACGGUCAUCCAGGACACGCUCAAGUGAAGGCUACAAGCUGAGCAGCAGGGCAACCUCAACUUUCGUAAGAAUAAGCUGAAUGUUUUUCCGUUCUGAAACUGAUGGCAACAAAACUGUUUUCAAGGCAAACUGAACAUGCAGCCUGAGCUAUUGUAGACAUUUGUUCAGUCCAUUAUUAUUAGCAGCAACUUCAGCAUAAUGAAUCCUUCUGUGCACAUUUACCA